GAGGAUGGAGUACUAACGUGUCCGUGCCACAGCAACAGAGGGAGGUGGCUGGACAGCAUUCCUUUGAUAAGCACUGGGGCAGUAAGGCUCAAGAUCCGUGACGAGGUGGACGUGAGGAUCAAGGCAGCAGCAUGUCUCACCCCGUUGAACGCCGAGCCCUUCACGUGCCGCCCCUGGAGGAGGUGGCGUCUGUCCUGCAAGAUGCCCUCAAGAAGAGUUUUGCAGAGGCCACAGUUACCGUGGUGGAUUGCCCUGACUUAACGCAGGCGCCCUACUCCUUGGGGGCAGCAGGGUUGUGUGGGUCGCCAAGGCUGGCUGACGUCGGCGGGGUGCCCUACCUCAUGCCCAUGGCUAAGAAGGACAAACUAUACGACUUGAAGAACUUGGCAGCCCAUGUUGACCUGCCAAACUCCUUCAUCGUCGGGGCAGGAGCUGGUCCGCUAAACUACAUCGGCGUGAACAGUGAACUGAUGGCCAAUGCCGUGGUGGGAGACAACCCUCGGAACGGGUCCAGGGCCUCAAAAGUGGACGCUGCAGGCAAGUGUGAGCUGAUAAGACUGCCGCAGGAACAGACUGGAUGCUCUUUGAUGCUGAACAUGUUCGCCAGCGAGGGCAAAGGCGGUAAGGUUCUGAAGGUCCAGGCCAAAAAACGCACCGCAGACACAAACUUGGUGAGCUGCCUGCGAGAAGCACUGGAGAGUCACUACGGCGAGAAACCCGUCGGCCUCGGGGGCACCUUCAGGCUGGUGCAGGGCAAGGCAAAGAUUCACGUCAUGCCGGACUUCUCCCCGGUGCCGCUGACCUGCGAGGGGGACGUGAACAAGUGGCUCAAUUUCUUCGACAUGGAGGCCCCGAUGGUGUUCAUGUCCACGCUGUGCUCGAAGGACCCUGGCAUGGACCUGCGCAUCGAACACUCCCACGGCUACGGCGACGACCGCGGCGGCCACUACCACUUCGACACAACGCCGGACAUCGCGGAGUACGAGGGUUUCUACAACGUGGCGGAGUUCAUGUACCGUGUGGACAGACCAGGCGGGAAGAAGUAAUAGAGCACACCAUACAUGGGCUACUUGUACACGUCUUAUGGAGUAGGAGGGCUUCUACAACGUGGUGGAGUUCAUGUACCGCGUGGACAGACCAAUCAGGAAGGCACACCAUUUUUUCUGUACAUGGGCUACCUGUGUACACCAUUUUUCUGUAACUGCUGGGCUUCUUAUAUACACCAUUUUUUUUCUGUACAUGAGCUACUUGUAUUCACUACUUAAAGAUCGAGUGGAGUACGAGAGCCUCUGACUUGAGUUCAUGUAGCCUACCGCGUGGACAGACCAUGGAUGCAGUCGGGAAGAAGUAAUAUACCUUUUUUUCUCUUUCCCUUACAUGGGUUACUUGUAUACAUGUGCAUGGGCUCGAGCCACAGGCUGUAUUUGCUGUUGAUGAAAUUGUGUUCUUCCAAGUUCGGGUUAAGGGUGAAUUUUAGGUUGCAUUAAGCUGUUCAUUGCCAAUAAGAUUUCUUUGAACUACA